AUUUAACACUGACAGGAAGUAUCGGAAGCACAUCGGUCCUAUUGAUAAUUAACAAUGUUCAAUUACUUAUAAACAAAUUUACUUGUGUCUAGUUUAUGUAUCUUCUUUUAUGACAAUUGCUAAGAUCAUAUGAAGUUUAUACAUUAGCGCAAAAUGACAGGUAUGUUAAGGGCAGGGCUCUGACUCGGAAAAGUGUAUUGGAUCCACGUCUACGACUCUUGACAAGUACAUCGGACAUAAAGUUCUGAAGAGACGGAGGCAUUUCAUAGGUCGUGUGUUACAGAAAAUCGUGAUAAAGCUAUGGCGCAAGCAGACAGUGGAUAUAGUGAGGAGGAAAUUUCCAAAAUUGCCCAGAGUUCAACAGAAACUACAAUGCCGUAUUAUCCAGCAGUCCAUCAUUCCAUGAGUAUUCCCGAGUCUGUUGUUUCCUGGCAAGAAUCUACAUUUGAAAGUUCUCAGGACUCUAGAGAAUUGGAUUUAGGAGGGAACAAAAGUGCUUUAGAUAAAGUUAAAUUCGCUCCUGAAGAUAAUCAAAGCAACAAACUUCAUAACUUUAAGACGGAAAAGUUGGGUGCAAUAAUGGCAAGUACAGAUAUGCUGUUCCACAGCGGAAGAGAUGAAAAUAAAAGAAUGAAAGCUGCCUUUGGUGCGUUUUCAGGUUUGGUAAUUGGAGGUCUGCUGUUCAUUUUGUUACUGUACAGCUUUGGAUACAGUAAACUUGUUGCGGGAAUAUGUGCAUUAAUCUGUACUCUCUUUAUUUGCAUAGGCCUUGCUCUGUUCCCCACCUGUCGAUGUAUUACGGCUCUUGUCUUCCCAAAUUUCUUUACGGGAAAAGGUCGAGCGGUUCUUUUCUCUGUUAUUUUUGCAAUCAUGCUAACCGGACCGAUUCUUAAUAUUACCCACAAUGCCAAAGAAACCGGAAAUAGUAUGUCAUGCGUCAUUGAUCUUAUUGCCAACCAGUCCAAACAGUUGCAACAACAGCUAACUGAGCCAGUAAAGCAUAUUGGAAAAUACGUGGAUCAACAAAGAGAAGCACUGCAAAAUAUAAAGAACAAUCUUGUUAUCGAUUUUAAUGAUUUAAAGGUAGCUGCAGAUGCACUAGAGAAAGAUUUCGUCGCUGUGAAUGAUAAUCUGGACAGCCUUUAUCAGGACUGUAUUCGGCCAAUAGCGAAAGCUAAUCAAGAAUGCAGAGACUUCUGUAGCCAACUUCCGACUUUUCCCAUUAAUUUGAGAGGGGAAUGCCUGACACAGUGCAGCAACUUUAACACCCUUUCGAGUUUAUGCGAUUCGUUAAAAAUAGGCGGCAACUUUGUUGAAGUUUCUAAACAGAUGAAGUCUACCUUAGACAGUGCAGAAAGUUACUUCAAAGUUGAUGUCAAAGUUGAAGGUGAUUUUAGCUACGAAAGUAAUAACUCUAAAGAAAUCAACACGGUGCAAGGACAAAUAAAUGAAGAUAUAGAUUCUAAAGUAAUCAGCUUUCAAACAUUUAUGAGAAUUGUCAAGUAUGUUUUGUCCCUUUCUUUGGUUUUAAUGUUUCUUCAAGCAUUUUUGUAUUUUAAAAACUACAUGGCGAAAGACGGCUACGACAAUAUGUACAUAACAAAAGAAUUUAAUGAGCUCGACAAGAGGAAGCAAGAUGAUGGUGAAGAGUCUCUUCUACCGUUGAAGAAAACUGAGCAAUCAGAAUAUAUCUACACAAGGUCACUUAAACUAACUAAACAAGAAUUUGACAACUGUAAAAUAGGACUGACUCAGGUUUUCCUCCAUGCUAUCUUUUGCAUUGUGGUAGUACUUUUUGAUCACUUCUUAUAUUAUAUUUUAAACCUGAUCCAUACAUUUGGCCAAUUUGAAGUUGAUCUAAGUGCGAAAAGCCGUUUGAAAGUCAAUGUAAAGGGAACUGGUUUAAUAGCAAGCUUUUACAGAAGUAUUUUCAAAGGCAUCGACAUCGAUGAAUACUUUCUAUCUGAGAUGAAACUUGAAAGGUGUAUACCUAGUCCUGCUCCUCCAACUGACGAAUACGUGUUCGUUUUUCUCGUGCUUUAUAUUCUAGCGAUAUGUUUUGUCAUCCUACGAGGUUACGGAAUGCGCAUGCGUAGAAAGAUUGCUGCUUACUACUACCCGGAACAGGAAACAGCAAGAAUGGAAUACUUGCACAAGACAAUAAGACAUCGAAGAAUUGCUCGACAGAGGUUUCUUCGUCAAGAAGUUAAGUCAGCACACAAGGAAAGCGCAAUGAAAGAAAAGUUCCGCCUUUCGACAUGGCUAGUGUCUCAAUGUCCAUGUAUAACUAAAUGUAUUCCACCUAGAGAACAGCAAGAAUGCAGCAGCUGUGAAGAAAGGCAGGGAAAGUACAGUUCGAUUAAGUUGACAAAAUGUCCCGGAAUGAGUAAUGGUAAUGCAUGCACGGCUGUCUAUUGUGAUGAGUGUAGAUUAAUUCUGCAAGGCAAUUGUCCUCUGUGCGAUCAAGAAGAGGUUGAAUUUAGGGACUAACUUAACCUAUUAAAUUUCUAGGGAGGCAUUAGUAUUUUUGUUAUAUUUUUUGCUUUGUUAAAUAUGUAUAAUACUUCAAUUUUUUAAAUCUGAUUGUAUUGUAAUAACCUUGGAAUGAUACUACUGCCUUUGUUAAAAUAUGAAGAAUAGAAAUAAUUCUGUAAAUGCGCUGUAUUCCUUUGAACCUACAAAUGGGAACAUAGUUAUAACUGCAUUUAAUUAAUUGCUUUUUCUGAAUGCAUAUAUAAACUUUGCACAUUCCAGUGAAAAUCAAGUGCAAAUCAAAUAGCUCUCGACUUCUUUGUUUAUGUGCUUUUGACACCGAUCUUUUUACAUGGACUAUACAAACAAUCAAGAAGCAUGAAGAACUUCGAGAUUGAAAAAAAAACAUAUAUUGUCUUUCUGUCCAUGUACUGCUUAUGGUGAAAAAGUUCUAAGGAAUGUAUGGUGAUACCGUAUGCACAAAUGUUUAUUGUGUGGUGAGAAAAAUGAUAUAUACUGCAAAUGUUAAACAAAUGCACUCUGUGUUAACGACUGGCGGUUGAAUUUAGACAUAAACUCAUAUGAAAUAAGGGAGGGAGAAACAAUCUGUUUUUAAAAACAAUACCAAAUGUUUUAUUUCCCAUAAAGUGAAUUUUAAUUUUGGAAUUAUAUACUUCAUAAACUGUAAAAUGUAGAAUAGAAUGUUUGACGCGUGGAAAUUGCUUAAAUAAACAGGAUGGAUUUGGAUAUACAUCUAUGAACACACGAUUCAUUUGCAGAUAUUUCAUCUAGGCAGCAACUUUUAAUGAUCAAUAGGUGUCCUUUCAGUGAUAGAAGGUCAAAAUCAUUUUACGUCCUGUGCUGAUUCUGAAAUAAUUUCGUGUUGGGUCAGAAUCCCCCACAAGUAACCCACUAGCACAAUAUUUCGGCCCGCAUACAGUUAGUCGGACUAGAAAUGAAAUUAAAACCCUAGAAGCUUUUGAAUCACUAGUGACCUAAACAAUUCUAAUUACUCGAUUAAGUUUUCAGUAUUUAUAAAACUUAAAACAAAAUAUCAAGUUGAAAUCAGUUAAACAUUUGCAGGUUGGGAGAACUUCAGUAACUGUUGAAAUAUUUUUAUUUGGGUAGAGUAAUAGGUGGACGGAUAGCUCAGUGGUUUGCACACUGGCCUUCCAAUCCUGAGGUCGGGGGUUCGAUCCCCGGCAGCUACUCGGGAAUUUUCAGAAACGCUUUUCAGUGUUUCCCACCCAACUAGAUGUGUACUGGUCAGGAACCCAGGCAAUCCUUGCGUGUAUCAGGGCUAAACACUGGACACGUUAAAGAACCAGGCUGUCUAUUCGCAACGAGCUAGGCUAAGUUAGCCGGACAAGCCUGUAUCUGAUUUCUGAUCUCAGGUUUUUGUCUCACUCUGUCCGCCCUCUGGUCAGAUCGCUCUGUGUCUGUACUAGUAGAGGAUGAAUUAUGCGCCCUGUGUGGCUGCAUUUGAACAAUGUAAAGCGCCUUUGAAUGUGAAAUUGAUCAUGAAAAGGGCGCUAUAUAAAUCUGGUAUAAUAAUAAUAAUAAAAUAAUAUAAUAAUAAUAAUAAAUACUUACAUAUAUGACGGAAUAUUGGUUUUUCAAUUUAAUCUGCACAUUGUUGUUGUUUAUAUAGUCAUUAUUUUCAUUAAAUUUAAGAUUUUUGCCUAAGCGAGUUGCACAACGAGGGAAGAAGUUUACUUUCGAUUUCAUUUCUCUAGCGACUUAGUUUUGGGUAACAAAACUAAUAAACAUACUUUAUUUAAUAUGUGCCUUCUGAUAUGCAAUGUCACCUAAGACUUAGUAAUAAAUGGUUUAUCAUUUCAACGCGCACCUGUUCCGUGCCCCGAUUACUAUAGAAUAUAGGUCAAAAUCCAUAUUAUACAGCUCACGCCGAAAAAUACAUUUUUCCUUUAUAUCAUAUACUUUACUGCCCACUGUCUAUUUCUUUGUUAGAACAGUAAUGGAGAAAAAGUUUUGUACUUUCGACACUGAUCCUUCACUUGUAGUAACGGGAACGUGCUAUUGUUUGAACACUACAUUUUUGAGUCAUAUUCAGCAGGCGGACUACCGGAAUAACUUAAAAAUAAAACUGAAAAGUUUCGUUCUCUCUAAGAAAUAUGCCAUGCGCAAAAUAAUAUAAGUGAUAAAGGGCAUACUUUGUAAUUCUAAGCACAUUAAGUCUUUCUCACCAACCAAAAACAUUCGAUAUAAAAACUGCGAUUAACAGUGAUCAGUACGCUUAAAACUGAAAAAAGAAAGUAUCACUUAAAGGGGAAAAAAUGCAUUGUAUGGCCCUUAAAAUUACUUAUUCAAUAUUUUCGUCAUUUACAUUGUAUACCUGUAUCGAGUACUGGAAUGUACUGUAAUUUUAUUUCAUUUUGAAUUUUGAAUUAUACUAUCAUAAUAUCAUAUAACAUUAUAUAUCUAUGUUUGUCAUACUAUAAAUUGAGAAGCCGGGAUCGCUUGUAAUUUAAAAAUCAUUAAGGAGAUUUAAUGUAUGAAUGAUAAUAGUAAUAAACAUUACCUGUG